CUACAGUUGCUAAAGUGAUUGACAGAUUUGAGGAUGAGGGCACGGAUGACAUUUUGCCUGUUGGCAAUAUCAGGAAGAGAGCCUCAGCCUCUCUCCUGGAGGCUGAUCAGAGGUACAGUGGGAAAGCCACGUCUCGGAAGGCUCUGCAGGAGGAGCUCUGGGGAGGUGCUCUGUCUGAAGAAGGAUCUGGUGAAGAAGCACUGGAUGACUGGUACAGUGCCAGUGAAGGCUCAGAAGAGGAGGACAAUGCUGGCACUAAGGGCAGGGAGAAGCCCAGCAGUGCUGGCAGUGAGCAGGAGGAGGACCUGGAGGAUGAGGAAGAGGAUGAUGAAGAGGCCAAGGCACCCAAGUUCAGCUCCCAGAACAUCACAGACUUUGAGAAGUUUACAGAGGGCAUGGAUGAUGUGGGGAGCAGCGGAGGGGAGGAUGAAGACGAGGAUGAGGAUGAAGAUGAUGCUGACAUGGAAGAUGGAAACGAGGAGGAGGAAGAGGAGGAAUUUGGGAGUGAAAGCCACGAUGAUGGAAAAGAAGCCAAAGACAGUGAAGAUGAUGGGGGAGUGCUGACCUUCUCCAGAGGACAGGAGUCUGAAGAGGUGGAGAAGGGCAAAGCUGUGAGGAACCAGCUAGCCCUGUGGGAUCAGCUGAUGGAGGGGAGGAUCAAGAUGCAGAAGGUGCUCCUGACAGCCAACAGGCUGCCCCAGCCAGACACCUACCCCAGGUUCAGGAAGGAGGGGGGACAGGACUUUGACCACGCUGUGGAGAACUGUUGUAAAGCCCUGGAGGCCUUGCUGAAAGUGCUGGUGGAGCUUCAGGAUGAGCUGCUUUAUCAGUACCCAGGCACGAGGCACCUGGUGGAUGGAAAGCAAGCAAAGACUGAGAGUGAGGAUGAAAUCCUGAGCAGCAGCGAUGAGGAGCCAGUGGAGAAGGCUCAGGAGAAGAGGAGGAGGCUCCCCAAGAGGAAGCUGAAGUUUGAGGAGUACCCUGAGUUCAUAGCCAAGCGCUACAGGGACUUCAGGAGCUACAGGAACAGCACCCUGCAGAAGUGGCACGACAAGACCAAGCUGGCAACUGGCAAAAUGGGCAAGGGGUUUGGAGCCCUGGAGCGCUCGGUGCUGGCGCAGAUCGAGCACGUGCUGCUGGACAGGGAGCGCCUGCUGCGGCGCACGCAGACCCGCCGCUCGCUGUACACCGUGCUGGGCAGGCAGGAGCCCCAGCCCGCCCCAGCCCCUCAGGCCGGGCCUGACAGCGAGGAAGUCCUCCCUGCCUCAGACUCCAACAGGCACCUGAAGGACAUUGAUGAGGAGAUAUUUGAUGAUGAUGACUUUUAUCACCAGCUCCUGCGAGAGCUGAUCGAGCGCAAAACCACAGCCCUGGACCCCAACGACCAGGUGGCCAUGGGCAGGCAGUGGUUGGCCAUCCAGAAGUUACGGAGCAAAAUAAAGAAGAAAGUGGACAGGAAAGCCAGCAAAGGGAGGAGAAUCCGGUUCCACGUCCACAGCAAGCUGGUGAGCUUCAUGGCACCUAUUGACCCCUGCACAAUGAAUGAUGAUGCCAGGACGGAGCUGUACCGGUCACUGUUUGGAAAAGUCACAAAGGGAGAAGAAGCAGAGCAGAAUUAGGGGCUGGAUUGAGCUGCUGUGUUCUGCUGCCCUCAGGAGCAGAAUCUCUGUGGCCAGAACGACCCCAAGAUGCCUUAGAAAGUCUCUUUUCCCAGCCUGGCAGGCAAAGGAGGAGUCAGAAUUCUUCUGUUCUGGUUUUUAAGGUUGUUUAUUAUUCUAUUUUCUAUAAAAUUGUUUCCCUGGCUGCUGAGGUCUGUCCAGCAGGUCACACAGAGGCACAUUGACUGCCCUCAGAGGCAGUGUUGUCUUUUAUACUAAAAACUAUGUGUAUUUUGUUUACAAUAAUUUCCCAAUAACAUUAUUUACAGUAAUUUUCCAAUACCUGUCACCUGUGUUAGACAGUGUGUUCCUACCUUAAACCAAUCCAAAAGUGCCACCAUCACCCAGAACAUGGGGGCCAGGAAAAAGGAGCAAGAAGGACAAAGCACCCCCAAAUUCCUCCAUGUUGGGACCCCAAGCCUCCAUUCCAAAAACGCCAAAAUUCUACUUUUUUAGUAGAAUGGUUAGUGACAACUAAUUAUUAUUCUGCUUAAACUCUCCUGGCUUGUACAGAGCUGGUGAUUUGCUCCAUGGGUCAGAACCAGAGGCAGAGGGGUCCUGGGCAGCCCAGGAGCAGAGCCAGCUCUGCAUUCUCUGCUUUGUCCCCAAAACCCUUCUGAAGGAGGUUUUUCCCUUCCCUUUCUGGCUGUGAUGUUAAAGGGGAGCAGAAGCGCUCUCCCAGUGAUAACUUCUCGGUAUUGUUGGAGCAGAUAAGAGCCCGAGCAGCGCUUUGGAAUUCACUUAUCAGCGUUCCAGCAGCCUCUGCCAUCCCUGCCCUGCCUCCACCUGGGCUGGGGACACGGGGACAGCCUGGGGGACACGGGGACAGGCAGGGACAGAGGCCUGGUGUGGAAAUGCUGCAGGAAAAGGGAUUCACACAGUGCCUGGUGUGGAAAUUCUGCAGGAAAAGAACAGGAAAAGGGAUUCACACAGUGCCUGGUGUCCAGAGGCUGCAGGAAAAGGGCAGGAAAAGGGAUCCACACAGUGCCUGGUGUGGAAAUGCUGCAGGAAAAGGGAUUCACACACUGCUGGUGUGGAAGUGCUGCUGGCAAAGGGCAGCCCCGAGGGGCUCUGGCGUGGUGGCACAGCAGGAGCAGAGGGGACAGCGCCUCCCCAAAAAUCCAACAGAUAUUUUGGAGCUGCUUUACCCCCACAGUGUCCCCAGGUGAUGGUGAUGGUGCCCAGCACGGGCACAGCUCCCUGGGCACACAGAAAGCACCAGGGUGAUCUCCACCAAGUUUUCCUAAAGCUGCCAAUUAACAGCAAGUGAGAUCUUCCCUUCUUCCCCCCCCCCAACAGAAUAUUAAUUCUGUAUUAAUUCAUGAUCCAGCUGCUAAUUAGUACCUCCACAAACGGGCAUUGCACCUUGGCAGAGCACUGGAGGUGUUUUGGGGAUGGGCUGUGCACAGGGAGGGACAGAGGGUUGUGUUAAUCCUCUCCCCCCAACCCUGCCACAGCCAAGAAUUUCAACUUUCAGACAAACAACUUCAUUUACAAGUGUGUCUCUAAUUAGCUGCAGAAUUAGUAAAGCAGAGUUUUCCCCCCAUAGAUCGGCCAGGGCCCCGGGGGAGGCUCUGGAAUGGAGAGAAUCGCAUUUCCAAUUAUUUUGUUGAAUUGCUAAUUUAGUUAUUGUGCCUGGCGUAAUUGUGAUGGGUAUUGGGUGUGCAAUUCAAUUUGUUUUAAAUAUUUGUGGGAAGGCUGAUCAGUAAUGGAGCUGACCUAUUUCAUGGCCCAAAUUGAGAGAAGAGACUAAAACAAAAAACAGCUACAAAGCCCCAGUUUGUCUCAGUUUUUAUUUUGAUGUCUCUCAUCCCUCUUAAGACUGUUGAUGCAACAAAAGGUUUACAUUAAAAGAUGAUGGCACUUUGAUCUUGGGCUUUGGAGAGCUUA